AUGGCCAAUAUUUGUGAAAAUGUUGAUACUGCUGAAAGACAUCUGGAAGAUGAUUAUGCUGACCUCUUAGAAAGUGGUAAAUCUAAUGAUGUCAUUAUCAGAGUUGAAACAAAAUCAUUCAAAGCAAAGGAACUCUUGCUGCUCGUAUUGAGUGCCAUGUUUAAUCAUAAUGAACUUAAAGAAAAUGCAGAAAAUGAAGUAAUUGUUGAAGAUAUUGAUGAAGAUGUUUUUGAAGAACUGUUGUAUCACAUGUAUACAGCUUAUAAGUAUCAGUUGGAUCAUCUCAAGAACCAGUGUGAGAAAGCUCUUCUCAGUUCUAUUAAUAUUGAGAAAGCAACAGAAUUUUUUGUAUUUGCUAAUAAAAAUAAUGCUAAAAACUUAAAACAUCGAGCAUUAAUUUUUAUUAAAUCUCAUCUGCAAGAAGUGCUUGCUAGCAAUACAUUUAGAAAAUUAGAAAAAGGUGAAGGCAGUGUUCUUUGCAAGAUUCUUCAUGCUGUUGGAGGUGGCAAUUAA